AUGAGGGCCCUGGGGAUCUUCUCAGAGUGGUCAGAGCUCCCCAGGGAUGCUGUGCUCCUGAGCUCCCUCCUGUGUGUGACACCAGGAGCCUGGACUUGGGUCGCCGCGGAAUUGCAUCCUCUUGUUGAAGAGUUUAUUUCCCUUCACGUGGCUAUUCCUAAACGCAUCGCAUUUAUUGAUGGAACGAAAAAAGCGCUGGGGUUUGGGGAGAGAGAAAAACCCACAGCCUUGAUCGUCCCCGCCAAGGUGCUGCAUGCUUCAACUGCUGGCGUGCUCACAAAGAAUAUAAGCCCUGUCCUGUGCAAUGUAAUCAGAUGUUGUAAUCUUCCAUCUUUACAAAAUGAGGCUUCUUUAGUGAAGAGUGCAAUAGGUGAACCAGAGUCAUACAAGAGGAACAUGCAGGUUGUGGAUGCCCCAGGAUAUACACAAACCACAAAGCUGCUGGUGUCUUCUCUUCAAGAUAUUCUCAGUGAUCCAAAGGUCAGGGUGUCUCUCCUUGCUUCCAGUGCACUGAUGGACAAGCACAUUCUGAGAUAUAUUUUAAACAACUCUGCUACCCUGGAAGCUAUUCCGAAGAAAAGAGGGAUAUGCAAGAGCUGCAAGAUUUAUUCCUUUGUGACACUGAAUGCCCUUUUAUUUUUAAUAUGUGGGGAGUCUCCUAUGAAUGGAAGGUUACCUACUGCUAAGAGUACAAUCCCAUGACAAGAUGCCCAAUUCUUGUUGUUAAUUAUAGCUAGACACAUUUAUUUUUAUUUAUUCAUUAAUUUUCCUUUCCAAGAUAAACCUCUAAAAUGAGCCUUUUAAUUUAUUGGGGAGUGAGGAGAACAAUAGUUGCCAUGAUCUUCCCUUAUUUCCUGUUCUUUUCUCUGUCAAGAGCACAGCGUUAAAUGCACGAUGAACAUCCAGAGACAGAAACACUUUUCCUUCACUCACACAGAAUUCAAACUAAGAAAAGGUUUGCACACAGCUUCUGCAGGUGGUUUCUUGCUGUACCUACAGACAUCUAUAAUCUGUUCUGAAAAAUAUAAAUAUUACAGUGUUGGGCCAGAUCCUGCCGUGGUGUAAAUCAGCUCGGUUCCACUGACACCAGUAGCUGUCACCCAGCAUGAGACCCUUCAGACACACAUGGCAAGUUCUUGGCUCACCAGGGCUACUGCUCAUACAUCAUUAAGUAGCCCUUUCCUAUGAAACCAGUACCUUUUUGCCAUCAAGUGAGAAAGAGGCAGGAGCACAAAAGAAGCAGGGUACUGCAGAGCUCUGCUACUCCAGUGUGUUUGCAGACUAAAUGUUGCAGUCAGCCUGUGCUGGCAGCUACAUACAUGACUAUACAGUACCCAAUAUAAGGGGGGGGGGGUGGUUCUGAUUCUCUUCUGUGCUGUGCUCUGCUCUGUUCUGGAGCACAGACAAAAAGAAAUCUGGUCUCCUGUGCAAGUUCUCUUCCUUCAGUGGCUGGGAGAUUCAGGAGUGCAGCUUUGUUAUACAUGAACACAUUUAUGGCAUCUUUGACAGGCUCCUGGACCACAUCAGCCAUGAUCUGAUUACAUCACUAAAAUUAAUGUGGUCUUUGGAUGUUUUACACAACAAUCUGGGAGGCAUUUAUUUCCUGCACCUGGGGGGGGGGGCAUGUUUAGCAUGUGAAAGUUUUCAAAAUUAACUGAGUUCCAUUCACACCAGUCCUCCCACACCGCUCAGCAAAUGAUUCAAAGCCUUCAGCGUGAUUUCAUCUGUGCAGACUCUAAUCCACUUACUUAAUGAAAUACAUAAUUAACAUAUUAUAAUUGCAGUAAAGAUGGUUUUGACAGAAAUCAUUUCCCGUAUCUAAUACCGUGGUAAUUUAAUCUGUUCCCCACUCCCUAACACGACCCUCCGUGAUUAAGUUUCAUAAGAAUUUUUUUGAUUGAUUGAUUCAUCUGACGUGCCUGGGCCCUGCUAAAGGAGUGUCUGUCAGUUUACAGAGCUACGUGAUGUUGUGGCAGAUGGCUGUGGAGAGGCUCUUUGCGCUGUCUCCCUGUGUGGUCUUUUUUUUUUUUUUUUUUUCCCUAAAUGCCCUGAUAAUCCAAAUAGAGCAACCCUGAUCCUCUAAAUCGCUACAUGUUUUUAU